AUGUCCCAGAGUCGAAAGGCAAUCAUUAUCGGCGCCGGUCCUGCAGGCCUUGCAGCUGCCUUGCGUCUGCACCAGCAAACAAACGUUCAAGUCACUAUUUAUGAGUUGCGAUCAGAGCCCACUACUCUGGGUGGAGCUGUUGGUAUCCUGCCCAACGGCCUACGCCUCCUGCACCGCCUGGGCGUCUACGAGAAAGCAGCAGCCCGUGGCUUCAUCAGCUCCAAUCUGACACUGCAUUCCCUGCAGGGGCGCAUUGUAGCCCAGCAAGAUUUUGUUGGCUGGGCGCGAGAGAAGACCGGUUUUGGCUACAUACGCAUCAAGCGCACAGAUCUGGUGGAUGUUCUGUUGGAGGCGGUGCAGCAGGUUAAGAUCCCGAUCCGAUUCAACAAGCGGCUGACAACGAUCGAGGAAAGCGAUACGAGCGUGCAUGUCACGUUCGAGGACGGAUCAACUGAUACUGCAGAUAUGCUGUUCGGGUGUGAUGGUAUCCACUCGUUUGUGCGACGUGCCUACGUCGACCCUAAAAAGACUUUGGAGUAUUCGGGCAUGUCCGGUCUUGGAUCUAUCAUUUCCACCAAGGUUUUAUCGUCUACAACUACGGACCAAAUUACUGGCCUUGAUGCGACAUUGACGGAAGAUGGUAUGCUUGCCGUGAAUCCGUGUUCGGCAGCGAAAGAUGAGCUAUUCUGUUUCUUCUCCAAGGAAGUCGCCCUACCGGAGUCUGGUGAUAACCGUGACGGCUGGGAAGUGCACAGGAAGGAAGAAGUGGAUGGAUUCAAAUCUACAGUGUUGGAGACUCUGGAGAAUGCACAGGGUGAAUGGGGGCCAGCUAUCAAGGAAAUCGUCAACAACAUCUCUGUCGUGAACUUCUACCCGGUCUACAGAUUGCCACCCGGUGGAAUCUGGUCUAAAGGUCGGUGUCUUUUGAUCGGUGAUGCUGCCCACGCGAUGUCUCCACAUGCUGGACAAGGCGUUUCAAUGGCCCUUGAAGACGUCUUCCUGCUCUCUCGAUUACUGGAGGAUCCCAAAAGACCACUCAAUAAUGUCUUUGAGAUAUACGAGCGUAUUCGCCGACCUCGCAUCAAUGAUAUCUUCAAGUUAGCUGCACAGAACGCUGAAGUGCGAAGGAAGACUGGCCCAUGGGGGUUGUGGCUGAAGGAAGUUCAAUUUUCUAUGGCGAUGACACUUUCAUGGGUUUUCGGUGCAGACAAGAGGGGAUUGCGACAGGGUCACCUGGUCUACGAUGUCGAUAAAGUGGACCUAGUCUAG